AUGGGUUCCCCAUCGGAAGACUCGUUCACCGAUAUUUACCGAAGAUUUUUUUCACCCGAAGAAAACGCUGAGGACGAAGAAGCGGUUACGAGUGCAUGUACUCUUGUGAUACAAGCAAUGGAGCAUGUUCGGCCUACUCCUCCUCCACGGCCCAUUUUGCGGCGCACCUAUAUCUUGCGAGAUCGUGAAGCCGCGAACGAGCGUUUGAUAAAAGACUAUUUUGAUCCCACACCGGUUCACGGACCCAAUGUUUAUAGACGGUGGUUUCGGAUGAGCCAAAUGUUAUUUUUGCGCAUUAAUAAUGAUUUGGAAGAUAAGUAUGAUUUCUUUAAGCAAAGAAUGGACGCGCGAGGAUAUUUAGGCUUCACCUCAAUUCAAAAGGUCACUUCCGCUUUACGCAUAUUAGCCUACGGAAACACGUACGCCAUCAAUGACGAGUACUUGAAGAUGAGGGAGAAAACAACAUUUAUAUGGAAAACGUUAUUUGAGAAAUCCCAUUUGAAACGACCUUCUACAAAUAUAUGA